CGCACAAUUGACAACAAAGGUCUCCUUCCCCAAAUUUCCGCCGGAGGUGGCGCAUGCGCACUGUGGAGAUCUGUUGCGAGACGAAGUUAUGGCCGUCGCUAUGCAGACUGACGAUUUUCCCUACCUACCUUCGGGGUUGGAGCAAGUGAAUAAGAUGAUCAAGGAGCACGGUGACCUGUUUACCGACAGCCAGUGCAGCAUCUGCAAUGCCGUCCUCAUUUCGGAGUCCCAGAAGUUGGCUCAUUAUCAGAGUAAAAAACACGGCAACAAGGUGCGCCGCUAUUUCUCGACCCAAAAUGAGAAGGGGCCCGAGUCGAAGAAGUUCAAGACUCCUGCAUCUGACAAGAUGGAAACCGACGAGGAUGACCCCAUGAAGAUCUGUGACAUAUGCAAGAUGACCUUUACGUCGUCCGUGAUGGCCCAGUCUCACUAUCAGGGCAAAAUUCACGCCAAAAAUCUGAAACUCAAAAGUGCGGCUCCUCAGACUCAAGCCCAAGCGGCCGCACCUGCAGCGGCGCCCAAGAAGAAAGCGGCAGCGGACAAGACCGACAACUUGGACGACAAACACCCCAACCGCUUCUGCUCCGCCUGCCAGGCGUCCUUCAACAACGUCCAGAUGGCCGAGCAGCAUUACGCUGGCAAGAAGCACAAGAAGCAAAUGGCCAAGGUCAAACUGUUGACGCUGCACGGAAAGCCCACCACGCCAGCUGCUGCAGGCAAGGGUCUGAUGUGCAACAUCUGCAACAUUGAGCUGAAUUCUGUGGAUCAGUACCAGUCCCACAUCAGCGGGGCCAAACAUAAGAACCAAAUGAAAAAAUCCGGUGAGAAGUCCGAUGACAAAAACAAGUCAGCCGACGAAAAUGCGGAGUUAGGAGACGACAACGGCGACGACGACCAAUGUGGAAGUGGCUACAACCAGUCCGGAAACGGCGAUUUUCAGUACGAGACGGAGGGCCAACAGUUUGAGGCGAAAGAUGCUUCUUACGACGACACCUUCUACAACAUGGGAGAUGACGAGUUUGUGACCGAGGGCGCCCUGUUCGGGUCGGCGGAUGACCAGUUCAACUCGUUGAACAGUUAGUAAGUGGGACUCUAGGACCGAGCGACUUCAGGAGGACUCUGAGCAGAACCCUACAAACAUCACAAUUCAUCGGACCUUCGUUUCCAUCAAGAGUCACACUACAAGCGUCCUCCCCACAAUUGUCCCACAACAAGCAAAACCUGAACCUCAAUCUGGACUAUCUUUGUUUUUGUUUUUAUAGAAUGUCAACUUUUGUUUUUGUUUACCUGCUCCAAAGUGGCAGCUUUGUGUUUUGAGCAUGCGAUCAUUUCCAGUUAAAUACCCAAAUCUGCUUCUUCCUUGUUUUCUAUCAGACCAGGUGGCCACUUUUUAAUCACCUUUUCCACUGCACAGUACCAACUUUACUCCACUCGGUCUGGGCCGCUCGCUGUUCAAUUGAAUAAAAUAUACAGUAAACAUACUGUACAUACAAUGGGGAGAUCAAAUAUUUGAUGCGUUGCCAGUUUAGCAGUUUUUCCAUCUUACGAAGAUGUUUGAUUUUUUUUUUAUCGGAGAUGCAACCUAAAACAAAAAUCCAGAAAAUGUACAUUUGUUCUUGUGCGGGUUUGCAAACCUAAGCGGAAGUUUGAACCACUCCUUACAGAUGUCCAAAUCUUUAAGAUUUCGGGGGUGCUGCUGGCCAACACUGACUUUCCUCUCCCUCUAAAAGUUUUCAGGUCUGGGGACUGGUUUAGACCAGCCAGGUCUUUGAGAUACCACUGACUCCUUUAAGUUGGCCUCAAUGUGUGUUUCUGGUGUUUGACCUGGGUUAUUCCCCAAGGUCUUCAUGGCCCAUCGUCAUCCCUUCAAUACGGCCCUGUUCCUUUACAGAAAAAUGUCCUCAAGAAUGAGAUUUCUAACCUCUAUACUUCCUGGCUGGUUCUACUUCUACCCUCAAACGGUCUCCUCAGGCCACUUCACAGUCUCUCAUUCCUCUUCUGGAUCAUUCGGUAUAGCUCGGUUGGUAGAGUGGCCGUGCCAGCAACUUGAGAGUUGCAGGUUCGAUUCCCGCUUCCGCCAUCCUAGUCACUGCCGUUGUGUCCUUGGGCAAGACACUUUACCCACCUGCUCCCAGUGCCACCCACACUGCUUUAAAUGUAACUUAGAUAUUGGGUUUCACUAUGUAAAGCGCUUUGAGUCACUUGAGAAAAGCGCUAUAUAAAUAUAAUUCACAUUAUAAUUCACAUUCUUGGCAAACAUGGACAUGCGCUGGCUUGAGCAGGAAGACUAGGAUUUCAAUCCAUGACGACGUUGGGUCCUGUCUUACUUUUCAUUGACAAUUUUGAUCUUUCACCUCUCUCGUGGUCUGUGGGGAUCUUGCAUGGAGCUCCAGAUGUUUGAUUCCAAAUUCUUCCAUUUUCUCACAAGCUGCUUGCUUAUGGUCCUGUGGUCCAUCCCCGACUUUCACAGGUCAACAACGUUGUUCCUGAUGUCCCGAGUCAGCUCUGUGGUCUCGAUCAUAGAGCUCAGAGUCUGAUUGAUUAAGACAAUUUAUUUAUUUUGCUAUACGAACGUAUUGAUUUAGGGCUGGGCAAUAUGGCUGAAAACUACAUCACGGUAUGUGCUUUUUAUCAGUCGAUAUAGAUUAUCAUCAAUUUUCAAGGCAGAAAGGAAAGUAAAUGUCAACAAAAGCAUGGAAAACACUCAAUGUAGACAUUCUAAAAUUAGUAAUCACUCUCUGCGUUGCUCGGUUACCCGAGAUCCUUUGUUCAUGCAACUUUUGCUUUCUUCUAUUGGAGGAAAAAAAUCAAACAUUUUUUAUCGAUACCGAUUACGUGUCCAUCGCAACAUAUAUUGAUGUAGUUUUAUCGCCCAGCCCUAUCUUUUGUACAGGUGACAAGUUCCAACAGGCGCAGUAAACACAGGUAAUGAGUGGACUUCUUAAAGGAAAACAAACAGGUCUAUAGGAGCCGCAAUUCUUACUUCAAUAUUUCAUGCAGUAAAACUCAUUACUUCAAAGUCAUACAAUGUGACUUUCUGGAUUUUUGUUUUAUUCUACAUGUUUUCAAAGUGGGAACGUUCUCCCCACUGUCUAUACACUAUACUGUAUAUACAAUAUUUAUAGCGUAAGCUCCAGCUUGUGUCUGAGCAUUGGGUUGGUCAUUUUGCAUUCGUGCAACAGUUUGUUAGGCUGAAUGUGUCGUUGGGAGUGUCAGCUAGAGGUGAAGAAGUAGAAAUUAUUCGCAAAAUACAGUCUGUGGAGGUCGAGGGAGCAAUGUCUUGCUCAAAGUAGCGAAACCGAAGUCCUCCAGGCCAACCCCAUGAGGAGGAAUGGUAGUUUGAGCUGGUCUUUGAUGGUCAGCUCGAUUCUCUGUUGGCUGGAAACAAUGGUGAAGGACACGGUCUAUAGUAUCAAGACCCUGUUUGACAAUAUGGUCUUCACAUUGGAUGUUUCGGAAAAUUCUCAGCUUAGAUUGGGUUCAAAAUAGCCCCUUCGAAAAAGGAGUUCGUCAAAAGAGACUAUAAGAAAUGGCAGAGAAGGUGGGCUCCUCUGUUCAAGUGGAGACUGAGGGCAGUUGGUCAUUUUCACGAUAACUUGGAGCUCUGUGUUUUUUAUUCAGACUAGUUCAGCAGGAAACUGCGAAAACGGCAUUGAAGGAGUAGGACUGGAGACACAUUUUAAUUCAAGAGGAGAAUGAGGGCAGUUGGUGUUUACCACUUCAUUUUCAACCAAGCUUUGGUAUCUCUAUGUUGUAAUCAAACGAGUUUAGCAGGAAACUGCAUAAACAGCAUUGAAGGAGUAGGACUGGAGACACGAUUUAUUCAAGAGGAGACUGAGGACAGUUAGUCUUGAUUACAUUUCCUUUUUCUUUGUUUUUCAUUUGAAAUACUGCUAUAUUUGUUUGUUGGGUAAGGAGAUCUUUUGUUAUAUUGCAGUAUUAGCAUGUUCGUUUUGAUCCAUUUUGUAGUCGUGUCAUUGCUCAGCAGCCGCCUGGAUGUAAUGCUAACGGUCAGCACGACUGGAGCCAAGCCGAGUUCGUACCAUGCGGUGGAAAAAAAGGCAUAAUAUUGUACAGUAGGUGUCUUGUGAGGUACAUGGUGGUCGUCGGUCAACAUAUCAAUAGACUGCUCUCGGUAAUAACACUGGAAAUGUUCCAUUUUGUUAAAAUGUUACAAACACCCUUUUUACUUUUGACAUUGUUUUGUUUUCUAGUGCUUCAAAAGUAGACCGAUGUCCAAAACAGGACAGGAAAUCUCCAAUUGUCCUAAAAAAAAAAACCUAAAAAAAAACAAAAACUGACUGACUUAUUUUUUAUUACCAAAUGUCUGCUAAAGAAAACUACUUUUAGAUGUUUCUACGAAAAGGAGGGCUUUGCUCCGCUGUAGUUUGGUCUCCAUCCUCGUGUUUGUCAUUUUUAUUGUCACGACUAUGUUGCAUUUUGAAGGAAAGGAACGUCGCAUCGAUUAAACAAAACAAAACAUCUUUUAACAGUU